UCAUCCCGGCGCGUUUGUGACGUCAAAUGCUCGCGUCGGUUGUUUCCAUAGCACCGUUCAAAGCUUUUAGCAGCGUUUUUACGGAUUAGCGGCGGGUCGUUUGUUUUGCCGCGCAGUUUCUUUGUUGACAGAAUGUCCGACGAUAAUCCGGAGAGUCUGUUUUCACUCCAGCUUUUGGUGGAGAACAUCCAGCUGGAGAGACGCUGCAAAGCUGCCCGGGAGCUGGCUCUGGGAGUCAGAUUACUGGAUUUUCCAACGCUGUUCAUUUAUCAGCCCCAGAAGAGCGCGCCUGCGCAGAGAGACGACCCUAAACUGUUGGAAUAUGCGUUUAACAGAGGCAAGUCCUGCUUCUUCAAAAUGAAUCUGAGUUCAUUGCAUAUCCAUCUGACCAGCAGCUCUCUCCAUGCUCUGGUGCUGGAUGUGACAGAGGAGAUGCCCAGAUUACUCGGCUCCUGUCUGCUAUCAGUGGCUGAAUCCAUGAACAGAAUUUGGCAGGAUGUGACUGAACGUGGCUCUUCUCACCCCUCUUCUCACGGAGAACGCAGGAUUAUUGGUAUUUGUAAUAUCUCAGGGGGAAAAGUUGGAACUAUAUCCCUGAGCUAUAAACUGGUGUAUCUGGGAACAAGUUUAUUGCCACACAUCAGAGAGAAGGGGAUUCCUGCAGGGCCCCCUGGCUGUGAGGAGGAGCACCUCCCCACAGACCCACAAAAGCAGACUGAAGAAGUCUUCAUUGAAGAUACGAAUGCUACAAGUGGAGACAGUUUUGAGGAAGAGUUAACUUUAUUCUGCCCCCCUCAGCUUUACUAUUGUAGCGCUGCUCAUGAGAAUUGCAAAAGUGAAGACCACAAUCUGAACUUUGAAGCUUUUAGGCUCCUUGAUUCAGCGUCUGAGAAUGAAAACAAGAAAUCUGAAAGUCCAACGCCUCAAGGGGUGAAAGUCACAAUCGCCCAACAAACGUCAAACAGCCAAUCUGCUAGCGGGGGAACCCAGACUGUCCUUAGGGAGGCCUUACGACAGCUGCCUCUCCUAAACGCUCUCGUAGCUGAACUGUCACAGUUGUAUGGAGAGAGCCCACACCAGGACUCAUCUGUUUACCCCAGGCAGGCGUCCUCAGCUGGACACAAAAACACAACACAGGAACUACCCCAGCCCCUGCACACAAGCAGACAGUCAACCAGUCCUAGUUUAUUCCAUGUACAACCCUCUCCAAGCAGUUCUAAAACUCACAUUAUAGUGAAAAAGAACCAGGAAGAGACUUUCCACCAGAAUAGAAGCUGCAACAAAUCUAACAAGAGCAAUCUAGUAUACGGGACAACUAAAACAUUUAACCUGAGGUUGAAGCAGAUUUCCUCCAUCAAAGGAAGAAGGCGGGAAUGCAUGGAAGUAAAAAGUCAAACAGCGCCAAGGACGGCCAAAGGAAAGCUGAGGUCUGACGGAACAAUCCUAAGAUCCAGCAAAAAAAAGUCAUUGUCAAGCCUGAGCCCUGGCAUCAAUGAAAAUCCAGAGACAGAGAUUCAGAGGCUCACGAUGAACUCUGCGCUGCAGGAAACGAGCACCGUGAGGCAAAAGGCUCAGCGCGGGAGAGGUCGCAUGGAACAAGGUAGACACGCUCAAGGAAUUUCAGAAAAAGCUCCACGUUCACCGGGAGACUUGAAAUGCAUUAACAUCCCGAGCAUGGAUACUGACAGCUCGCCCUGGAGCAAAGACAAGCACGAGCAUCACAGCAAAUCAGAUCAAUCCGAGUCUGAGCCUGACAGAGACCAAGACAAAAUUGAAUCUUCCCAAAGCAGCAGACGCGGCAGCACAAAGUUUUCAUUUUCAGAUGCCAGCGUUCACGAGAGCGAGGAGGUGGACUACACCGACGACUUUGACAAUCUAGAAUCCAGUGAUGCCUGUUCUCCUGACCCCUGGAGCAGUCCUGAGCCCUCCAGGGUCAAGACUCCAAAAUCUCCUGACACCAACCGUUCUGAAUCUAUAUCUGAGGGUGUCCAGAGGAGAUCCGCCCCUCUUCCUGCUCCUGUUAAAGCACCGCGCUCUCCACAUCGGACUCUGAUGGAAACUCACAUAAUCCGACCUCGAACCCAUGGCUCAGCUCUCAGUUUUUCCUCUGAUGAAGACUGGAACGAGCCGUCGUCUUCACAAACCAUUCUCUCUAAAAAACAAAUGUUAUCAAGAAACAAUCAGAAAGCUAGUUAUAGUGUGGAGAGCUCUGCAGCAGUAAGUGGAGAAAAGUCCACCCAGAGCGUGGCAGAAGUUUCUUCAGAAUCCAUUUCCUCAUUCUCAGCUCAGGAGGCGGAGGGACUCCAGGAUGAGGUUGGGACUCUGGAUUUUAGAAAGAACUGUCAUCACGUCUCAGAGCUUGUGAUCAGCAAACUUCCUGGAUACACAAUGUAAAGAAACUAAUGCAAUCUCCUAACAUGACAGACUUCCUGAUAUUUACUGUAAAUCUUUGCAGCAUCAGGAAAAUAGUUUCAAGCACUGGCAAACUUUUGGUUCACUUGUUCUAUGAAUUAUUCAAAGAAGUGAAAAUUUAAUUCAAAUAUUUUUUCAUUUUUAUAUUUCAUUUAAAAAAUCUGAAAUAAUUUACAGAGCUACUCCAAUGAUAAUUGUUUAUUUGGUGUUUUCAACAUGUUAUUAUGAUGAUAGAGAACAUAUAUUAAAAAAAUGUGCUUAAAAUGGCAUUUCUGAGGGUAUUUUUUAUUUAAACCAUUGUAAAUCAGGAGCAGAUGCAAAAAAUGCAGUUUGAAAAAGGUCACAUUUGUGAUAUGAUGCACUGGCCACAAGCUCCUCGCUCCGCUCCACCAUGAUGCAUCCUUUUGUCUUAAGUUACUGGUCAAUCUUUGCUCCAAAACUCACCUAUGAGGUCUGAGUUAAGAUCGAAAGAACAAGGUCCUGAAUACAAACGGCUGAUAUGAGCUUCCUCUGUAGGGUGGCUGGGCACUCGCUUAGAGCGAGGGUGAGAAGCUCGGUCACCCAGAGAGAGCUCAGAGUUGAACCGCUGUUCUUCCAUGUCAAGAGGAGCGUCCACCAAGAGCCUCCACCAAGGGACCCUAGACAUGACAGACAUGUUCCCCUAAAGCAGGGGUCUGUAACCUUUAACAGUAAAAGACCCAUUUAGGCUUGCUUAUUUUCUACUGAUCAAAACUUUGUAGGAGCCGCAAAGUCUUAUUUUGAUACUGCUCUUCGUUCAUUACAAUGUAGUUUUUAUUAAUAUGAAUUAUGCUUCUUUUUUGUCAUGAAUAAAAACAGAAAUAUAAAGAGAAACUAGGCUCAUAGGAUUUCCUUCUGAAAUAAAAGAGGCCUUGUGCCAAACAGUCAUAACACUGCAGCUCUGGACAGCAUAAGAAAACAUGAGCUUUAAACUCAUAAAAGAUCAGACUUUUUCCCAAUUUUGUUUUUCUUAGUAUUUGAAAUCUGUUUUCUGGAGGAAGCAAAGCGCAAACAAAACCUUUUCAAGUAAUCAGGAAUGUAAAAAUCUCGAUGAGGAAGAGAAGCAGCUCUACUCUGAGCUCCUUCCAGUUUGAAAUAAAAGAAAAGUACUCUUAUCAAACGUGUUGUCAUAUCUUGAUCUAUUUUUUAUAAGAAAUACUUUUUAUUGGGUAUUUUACAUUGGGUAAAAAUUACCCAGAAGUGAUGGUGUAACUUUUUAUAG